CGUACGAGAAAAUAUGUCAAGACUCGGAGAAUCCGCAACUCAGGAGAGAGAUUAGAGAUGAUCUGACGGCUGUAGGCAUGGCCACGUCUACUCUUCCUUUUUGAAACCACGCGGACUGGUCGAAUUCCCGACCUUGGUGGAUAUCGGACUUCCAUCACUUCAGGUGGCUCGAAUAUUCCCAGACAAAGAUAUAAAAGAAAAAAGUAGAGUCAGAUCACUGUGAUCAAAUGUGAAACAUUCUGAAUGCAAAGAUGGGAAAUCUGGGAAAUGGAGUUGCUGAAGCGUUCGCAAGAAUCGGGCAUGCAGCAAUUGGUGAAUCAUCGGCUUCUCCAGAAAAAUCAAGCGCAGCUCGAUCCAGCUUUCAAUGGGGUGGAACCUUCUUUGCCUUGUUUUUGUUGCUCUUGAAUCGAACAGGCCAGAGAUCAUCUAUGAAAACUACCCUUCUAGUAUUGUAUCUUUUUACAAGUUUCCCAACUGCUCUGUUCAAAAUUAUAAGAGGACAAUUUGGUUGUUGGGUUGCCUUUCUAGCUGUUGCAGCAAACCUCUUCGACCCUCAAACUUUUCCUGCUGCUCGUUUCCUCCUAUUUGUAAUCACUCCUGAUGGAUUGGUCGAUGGACUGCGGGAUGACCUUUUUAGUUGUAUCUUUUGUCUCAUAAUUGGAGUUUCAAUAGUUAUAAUAGAGGUGAGAGCAAUUGGAGGAGGUAAUUGUCAAUUUAACUGCCACUGCUUUGCUUCAUGUCUUGGUAUAGUUUUUCUGUUCUACUUUACAAUACAGUAUCUGUGCUGGGUAACUAAAUAGACGAAUUGUUCUCUUGGAAGGGGAGUUACUUUUUCACCUAGAUAAUUUCUUGAGCUUUCUCCGGGCUCUGUGAUUGUAAUGAAUUUUCUGGACAAGUCCGUACAAACUUCAACUC